CCCGCCCUGAGCCGCAUCCGCUUCCGGCCCCCGCUGCCCCCGCCGCUCUGCCGGGCCCUCCGCGCCGUGCACUACGUCCCGGCCACCAAGGUCUUCCUGGGCUUCCGGGAGGCUUUCUGGGAGGCCGAGGGCAUCGCCGGGGGGCACUCCAACACCGACCGGCCCGCCCGCACCCUCUACUACCCGCAGGGCCCGGGGGGCCUCCUCCUCGCCUCCUACACGUGGGCCGACGCCACCCGGGCCUUCGCGGGCCUGCCCGAGGACGAGGUCCUGCGCCUGGCCCUGGAGGACGUCGUCGGCCUCCACGGGGAGAGGGUCCGCGGGCUCUGGGACGGGCGGGGGGCCGUGAAGCGCUGGGGGGAGGAUCCCCACAGCCAGGGCGGCUUCGUGAUGCAGCCCCCGAGCCCCCACGGCCCCGGGCACGAGGCGCCCCCGCGCUGGGACUGGACGCGGCCCGUCGGCCGCCUGCACUUCGCCGGGGAGUUCACGGCGCUGCCCCACGGCUGGGUGGAGACGGCCAUCAAGUCGGGGCUGCGGGCGGCCCGGAGCAUCCACAAGGAGGCGGUCUAGGAGCGGCAACCCCGGGGCCCGGGCGGGGAAACCGAAUAAAGGAUUUGUGG